ACACACACACUCACGCUCACUCACUUCCUCUCCAUCAGACCCGUGCAGCAGCAGCAGCAGCCUCAGAGAUGGAGAGCUGCUAGAAGCGCGUCCGCCUCCGCAGCAGCAGCAGCAGCAGCAGCAGCGGCCGCUCUCUCUCCCUCCCUCCUCGCUCCGGUGGAUGCUGGAUGUACCAUGAGGUCUCCGCGGCUCUGGGCAGCUCUGUGCCUCCUCCUCACGGCCUCGUGCCGUGUCCGCGCGGCCGGCCGACAUGGUUGUUUGUUUGAGAAGAAUCUGUGUCCCAGAGAUCAGCUGUGCAACGACGACGGUUUGUUCGGACAGUGCCAGGCUCCUCGCCAGGAGCCCAUCCAGUACCAGGUGUCUGUCCCCGUCCUGCACCGACUGCAGGAGGUCCUCAAAGACCUGAUGGUGCAAGGUAUGACCUGGAAAGACGACGUCACCCAGGCGAUCAUCGCCCGAGAGUUGAGCCGCGUCCCCGCGGUCGGCUCCAAACCUCAUGAGAAGACGCCAAAACAGGUGUCCAGACUGUUGGGUCCCGGUCAGCGGAGGGUUCAGGGGCCCAAGGAUCCAGAUGACCCCGAGAGGAUGCAGCAGUACGUGGACUACAUGAUCCUGGACCCGUCCCGGUCCUCCGUCCACAUGCAGACGCCCUUGCUGGACCCUUACACCUACAACCAGCAACAGUACGGCUACCAGGACGAGGAGGAGCGCUCGCUCAACUCUCUGGACGAUGACCCGGCCUUCCCGCUGCUCGCCGCCCCCGCUCGAUCCAGAUCUCGAGGAAACCCGUUGGACAGAGACAGACAGCUCCUCCAGGACCUGCUGUCCUUUUACCUCACCUCCCCUUCCUCCCCUUCCUCCUCUUCCUCCUCCUCCUCCUCCUCCUCCUCCUCCUCCUCUUCCUCCCCUGUGCAGUCCUUGUCCCGCCACCGAGGGGCGGUAGCAGCAGCCGCAGGGUUUCCCUCUUCGCUGUCCUCCUCGUCUUCCUCUUUCUUCCCGGAGCUGGACUUCCCGCUGGACUACGGCGAGGACUACAUUUCCCAGGUGGCUCAGCUCAGCAAGCAGCAGCAGCAGCAGGAGCAGCAGGAGCAGGAGCAGCAGGAGCAGGAGAAGGCGGGGAAGAAGACGCAGGAAGAGGAUGACGCGCUGUCUGGACUGGAUGAGCGGUCCCUGCAGAGACUGGCUCUGCUGCUGGACCACUACGGCCUGGACCUGAAGGACCUGUCCCCCGAGCAGAAAGACGACCUGCCGGCCGCCGUCAAGCAGCUGCAGCUGGACGGCUCCUACGCCCACAGACCGACCAAAGAGGAAUUUGGGAAGAAUUCGACCCCGGGAAAGAAGAUGGUGUGGGAGAACGGCUGCACCGUGAUCGUGAUGAUGACGGCGCUGGUGGAGGACGGAGAGAAGCAGUGCGACCGCUACUGGCCCGACGAGGGGUCGUCCCUCUACCACAUCUACGAGGUGAACCUGGUGUCGGAGCACAUCUGGUGCAACGACUUCCUGGUGCGGAGCUUCUACCUGAAGAACGUGCAGACCCAGGAGACCAGGACCCUCACCCAGUUCCACUUCCUGAGCUGGCCGGCGCAGGGCAUCCCCACCUCCACCCGCCCGCUGCUGGACUUCCGCAGGAAGGUGAAUAAGUGUUACCGAGGACGCUCCUGUCCCAUCAUCGUGCACUGCAGUGACGGUACUGGCCGCUCUGGGACUUACAUCCUGAUCGACAUGGUCCUCAAUCGAAUGGCUAAAGGUGUGUGUCGUCUCCAGGACCAGUUUGAGUUCGCCCUGACAGCCGUUGCCGAGGAGGUCAACGCCAUCCUCAAAGCUCUGCCCCAGUGAAAGCAGCCCCCCCCCCCCCCCCACCCGCCUGACCUUUCUCUCUAUGAUGAUGAUGAUGAUGAUGAAGAUGAAGAAUGACGCUGUGCUUCUCUAUUGGCCUGCCAGGUGAUUUCUUGAAAGGUGAUGUCAAAAAAAAU